UAAAAGCAGUAGCAUUUUAUUAUCUCGACUCUAAUCAUGCAAGCCGUUUCGUCUGCCUUCUCGUGUGAUCUCAAACCCCUAAUUAAAACGAAUCCAACGGCUAAAAACGCGCGUUUCUCUCACGUAAACGGAAAGCGCGUGUCUGUUCGUUGCAGUUACAGGUCUGAAUCGUUUAGCUUCCCCAACGGCGUUGGCUCGAGCCGAGCUGAUUGGCAGAGCUCAUGCGCUAUCUUAGCCAGCAAAGUAGCUUCCGCUGAGAAUUCAAUCAUCGGCGGUUUAGCUGAUCAAGUAGCCGCCGUUAACGGACACAGUAACGGCUCCGUCAAUCUCAGCCUCGUUCCGUCAGAAACGAACAACGUCAAGCCUGGAUUGGUUCAACCGUUAACGAACACAGAUCUCUCCCCGGCGCCGUCACACGGAUCCACCCUCCGCGUCGCGUACCAAGGAGUUCCCGGCGCGUACUCCGAAGCCGCCGCCGGAAAAGCUUACCCGAACUCCGAAGCCAUCCCGUGCGAUCAGUUCGACGUCGCGUUUCAGGCGGUUGAGCUCUGGAUCGCCGAUCGCGCCGUCCUCCCGGUGGAGAACUCUCUCGGCGGUUCGAUUCACAGAAACUACGAUCUCCUCCUCCGUCACCGUCUCCACAUCGUCGGAGAGGUUCAGAUCCCCGUCCACCACUGUCUCCUCGCUCUCCCCGGCGUCCGCGCCGACUGUAUCGCGCGCGUGAUCUCGCACCCCCAGGCUCUGGCUCAGACCGAAGGAUCGCUCAACAAACUCACUCCCCGAGCCGCGAUCGAGGCGUUUCACGACACGGCGGCGGCGGCGGAGUACAUCGCGACGAACAACCUCCGCGACACGGCGGCGGUAGCGAGCGCGAGAGCGGCGGAGCUCUACGGACUCCAGAUCCUCGCGGACGGGAUCCAGGACGACGCCGGGAACGUCACGCGGUUCCUGAUGCUCGCGCGUGAUCCGAUCAUCCCUCGCACGGAUCGUCCGUUCAAAACGAGCAUCGUCUUCGCGGCUCAGGAGCACCAGGGGACCAGCGUUCUGUUCAAAGUGCUUUCCGCGUUUGCGUUUCGGAACAUUAGUCUGACGAAAAUCGAAUCGCGGCCGCACCAUAACUGCCCGGUUAGAGUCGUGGAAGACGGAAGCGUGGGGACGAAGAAACACUUCGAGUACACGUUCUACGUGGAUUUCGAGGCGUCUAUGGCGGAGGCGCGUGCGCAGAACGCGUUGGCGGAGGUGCAGGAGUACACGUCAUUCCUCAGGGUGCUGGGAAGUUACCCAAUGGAUAUGGCGCCGUGGUCCACGUUACCUAGCGAAGACGUAUGACCGUAUAAUUUGUCUAAAUUAUUAUAAUUACGUAUAUGAUCAAAAAUGUCAUAUUUUAUAAGUGUAACGAUAGUGGAAAUCAAAGUAGAUAUGUAGAGCUUGUUUUGCAUAUGAUAUUUGUUUUAUUCUGCUACUUCUGAAACAAAGACCGGUUUGUAGUUUGGCUCUGAUGCUCAAAUCAAAUGAAGAACUUCUUAUGUCAAGUGGAAAAAAAAUAAAUCUGUAAAUUAC